CGCUGAACCUGACGCAGUUCCGCUUCCCUGAGGAAGCAAAUAGUGCGUAUCGACGUACAGUGAGCUUCGUUUUUCUGUAAACUGAUCAAAUAAAAACUGUCUGAGAGAGAAAACGAGGGGAGAAAGUGAGAGAUUGCUGUGUCUGUUGAGGGCGACGGCAGCGCAGGACUGCAGGCUAGACUUGGAGCCCGUUGAUGGAAGUGGGGAGGGCUCGAGACAUGGGUCCAGAAAGAGUGUUACCGAGCUCCGAGGAGGAUCUGGUGCAGGACCGAACCUCAGACACGGCCGUGGCAGAGGAGUGGAGUGGUGAGGAUAUGGAGGAGGAGGACGGAGGAGCCGGGGACGACGAUGAAGACAGUGGGGGAUAUUAUUACCAGCCACUGAACCAGGAUCCUGACAGCCUGGGCAGCUCGCACAUGGAGCAAGCUGACGAAGGAACACAUGCAGAGCAGCUACAGGAGGUCCAGGAGAGAAUAGAAGCCAUGGGUUUGUUCCUGCCUCAGCCACCACCUCCAGACAGCGAUGAGGAAGAGGACCCCGAGGGAGCUGCUGCACGACGGAGCCAUGCGUCUAUUCCUAUGGAUCCAGACCAUGUGGAGCUUGUAAAGAGAACCAUGGCAGCGGUGAACUUGCCGACACUUGGUAUCCCUGCCUGGGCGCAGGAGAUCUCCGAUGACCAGUGGAAGGACAUGGUCCAAAAGACACUUCAGUCCCGGCAGAGCUCUGCAAGUCUCAUACUGGAACGCAAGUGAAACCAGCCAAGGCCUUCUUCAUCUCCACCACCCUGUAACUCA